AUGAAGCCAAUAAUUGCUCCAAUACAAGAAGACCUUGUUCAUCCUCAUGUCAAGAGUGUAACAAGACACCGUAGUCAUCUCGUUAAAAGAUCAGCCUCAGGAGGUUCUACAUUUGCAGCACAUACAGAACAUACACCUGCAUUUAAUACUGUACAUAUAAUCGCCGCUGUCAUUGGUAUUGUUGGUGCUGUUGCCAUGGCAGUGACCAUAUUUCUCAUGUGUAAAAGAAAGCGUCAUCGUCGCCGUGAUUCGCACAACAGGAAAGCAUUUACUGCCAGUGCAGCGAACGACAUUGAAAGCAAUAUGACCCAAACAAGCAUUGAAAAUAGCAAUAAUUUGAGAUUUGGCCAGUUUGCCAGUGAUUUUGAUAAUCAUGUUGAACCACCCAAACCAGCAGUGACUCAUGUGGAAGACAUUAGUCCAAUGAUGCAACAAUACCAAUUGCAAUUGAAAUUGUUACAGCAACAAAAGGCACAGCAACAAGAAAGAAAGCUGAUGAUUGACCCACAUCUAAUCGUACCCACAACACUGCAUCAAACAGCAUCUUCAUCACCCAGUUCUUCAUCCCCGAAUUCAUUAUUACCACCUCCACCUUACCAGCCUUAA